AGUACCAUCAGUUUCUGAACUCUAGCAGCCAUAUCUAUCAACAGUAUCAACAUCCAGUUAAAUCAUUUAUUGUUUAGUGAGAUCGAUAACCUCUUAUCCUCCCUGCAGCGGCCGUGAGAGUCUGUAUGUAAAGCAUUAUUUGCAGCACAAAAAAAAUGGCCGCCGUUGCUAUGGCUGACGACAAGUGACAAUCGCAGUUUGAAGCUCAAGGGAAACGUGUUGUAACUUGCUCUGAAUGAUUCUAAGCUAAUGUUUUAACUUUGUGUAUUUUAACUGUUCAAUUUUUUUUGAAGAAAACAUGCCCGAAUGUGUGAAAGGAGGGGCGCAUUCUUCCCACAUGAAAACGUCUGAUUUAUACUGGACCUACAACUUGCCGAAAAGAUUUGAUAACCCAACAUGGUUUUCUGGGUAUGGUGUGCAAGUGGAGUGCCAGAACCCCAUGUAUCGGCGAACUUCUCAGGAUUAUGGCUGGCUUCCACCAAGUAUUCAUACUGUUCCACUAAUUUAUCGUCCUCAAGAUGCCAGCUUUUCUAAUACCUACGCCCAAUUUGGAAGAUGUUCAUCGGCGGGCUGAGUUGGCAGACUAGUCCAGAAAGUCUUCGAGAAUAUUUUAGUAAAUACGGCGAAAUCACAGAAGUGAUGGUGAUGAAGGACCCCACCACACGGCGAUCAAGGGGGUUUGGUUUCAUCACAUUCGCCGACCCUUCCAGCGUAGACAAAGUCCUCACGCAGGCGACACACGAGCUGGACGGCAAAAA